AGCGAGAGUGAGAAGCGAACCGAGCGGCCAAGAGUGAGAGAGAGGGGGAGACGGCGGGAGCCUGCUAGGCUCGCCUUUCUCGGCGUCCGCAGCGGCGCGCUAGUCUCGGUUUGCCGUUCCGACGUAACGGACGUACGUUCCGCGGCGGUCGCUCGCUUCCACGUGGGAGCUCGAGCUCCGGACCUCUGCUCUGUCCGGUCGUUGUGUGAUCAUUGUCGCUCGAAAGUGUACGCGUGCAUCGCGGCCGCUGUUGACCACCGGGGCGACAGCCAUCAGCAGCGGAGUGGAGAGAAUCGCCUCGCAAUCCCGCCGCGUCGGUUCGCGGCUAACUUCAGUGCAGUGACACGGCCUCCUGUAACGUAAAUACGGUGCGCGUUUGUGAGACUCGCGCGUUCCUCCUCAGUGAGACUUCUCCUCCCCGGUCUGUGCGGACGGAGAGACGAGAGUGGUGUUCCCCAGCAUUCGGAAUUUCCCCAGCAUUUUUUGGAUUACCUGAAGCAGGAUACUCCGAGAGAGGCGGAGGGGACUCGCUUCGCGCCGCUGUGUGCUUUCUCGCGGGACGCGAUCGGCGUCGCGGCAGGCAUCGCAGCGCAACAAGGUGAGACUAACAGAAGACUCAUUGAAAUUAUCCGAAUGUCCGGUCAUUAUCGCGCCGUCGCGCCGCGCCGUGGAGAACGAACAAUGUGCAGGUGACCGCCGCCGAUACGCCGAAACGGGGCCGGAAGUCUCGUGCAUCGCAGUGGCCUUGUUCCGCAGGGCAAAAGACAAACCGGGCGGAAGCGUUCGUCGACAAGGACCAACGAUGAGCUAGCGAUACACCAUCAUGCAUAGGAUGAAGCAGCGCGCGCUGCAUGCCUGGCCAUGGUUGUGGCUGUGGCUGCUGUUCGCGGCCACGGCUGGCUCCCCGUCUUCCGACAGUCCCGUACCGACGACUCUUCUGCCGCCUCGUGGCGACGGAGGUGGAGGCGCGGGAGGAGACGGCGGAGGAGAUGGCAAUGCUGGCGACGGAUCGAUGAAGCUGUCGAUCUCGUCGAUCGGCACUGCGACGACCCUGCCGAUCACGUUUGAGGAUGACGCGAGUCUUUCUUCGGAGUUCGAUUUUCGGUUCACGCAGUCUUUGUACAACGUUUCCAUUCCCGAGAACUCCAUCGGCAAGACGUAUGCUAUGCCCGAGGAGAGAAUGGGGAUAAAGCUCGCGUCUGCCGACAGUGACGUUGACAUAAAGUUUCGUAUAGUGAGCGGCGAUCGCGAAAAGUUUUUCAAAGCGGAGGAGCGUACGGUCGGCGAUUUUUGUUUCCUCCUUAUUCGGACUCGAACCAGCAACAUCGAUGUGCUGAAUCGCGAACGCAAAGACCGAUACGUGCUCGAGGUGCGCGCUACCUUGAGCAAACGCGACGGUAAAAACAGAGUGGUUACAUUCGAGACGGACACCACCGUGGUGGUGACGAUCCUCGACACGAACGAUCUCAAUCCGCUGUUCUAUCCGAUCGAGUAUGAGACCACCGUGACGGAGGACACGCCUUUGCAUCGCAGCAUACUCAGGGUAAUCGCCGAGGAUGCCGAUCUCGGUAGAAACGGCGAGAUUUACUAUAGUUUCGCCGAGGAGACCGAUCAAUUUGCCGUUCAUCCGGUCAGCGGCGUGAUAACGCUCACAAGACCGCUCAGGUACGCGGAACGUGCUAUACACGAGCUGGUAGUCUUAGCGAAGGAUCGCGGCGCUCUGUUCCGCAGCACGGGUACCAGCCGCGCGAGCACCGCGAAGGUCACGAUUAGGGUACGGCAGGUGAACCUGUACGCGCCAGAGAUCUACGUGCACCAGUUACCCGACAUCGUCGAGAACUCGAACGCCGACAUCUACGCGAUCGUGCGGGUGAUCGACCGUGACGAAGGAGUGCACGGUCAAAUCGCGAACCUUGACAUCGUGGGCGGCGAUCCGGCCGGCCACUUCAGAGUGCGCCCGGCCGGCGGCAGCGGGUCGCGCUCCGGCGAGUACAACAUCGAGGUGCUGCACCUGCUCGAUCGCGAGACCGCGCUGCAGGGUUACAAUCUCACCCUGCGCGCCAUGGACCGUGGGGUGCCGCAGCGAUACAGCUACAAAUUCGUGCCGGUGCACUUGGCCGACGUGAACGAUAAUGCCCCGGUGUUCAGUCGUGAGAUUUACGAGGUCAAGGUGCCGGAAACGGCGCCGAUCAAUACGCCGAUCAUAAGACUGAAGGUCACGGACGCGGACGAAGGGAAGAACGCAUUGGUGUAUCUCGAGAUAGUCGGCGGCAACGAGGGUGGUGAGUUUCACGUGAACGCCGAGACUGGUAUGUUGUACACCGCCGUCAAUCUGGACGCCGAGAAGAAGGCAUUUUACACGCUGACGGUCUCGGCGAUCGAUCAGGGUAAUGCCGGGACCAGAAAGCAAUCCUCGGCGAAAGUGAAGAUCAACGUGGUCGACACCAACGACAACGAUCCGACUUUCGAUCAGCCGGAGAUGGAAGUGCUGCUGGACGAGAACGAGCCGGCCGGCUCGUCCGUCGUGCGAGUUACCGCGAAGGAUCGCGACUUCGGCGAGAACGCCUACAUAUCUUACAGUAUCGACAACCUGAAGAAAGUGCCGUUCGAAAUCGAUCAUUUCUCCGGUAUCGUCAAGACCAAACAGGUGCUCGACUACGAGACCAUGAAGCGCGAGUAUCUGCUGCACGUGCGAGCCAGCGAUUGGGGCCUGCCCUAUCGGCGUCAGGCGGAGAUGCAAUUACGAGUCAAGUUACGGGACGUGAACGACAAUCGGCCGCAGUUCGAGCGGAUCGACUGCACCGGUCACGUGCCGCGGUACGUGUCGAUCGGCUCCGAGAUCAUCACCGUGUCCGCGAUCGACUUCGACGCCGGGAACAUCGUGAGUUACCGCAUAGUGUCCGGCAAUUCCGACGGUUGCUUCGCCCUCGACUCGGCCAGCGGCGUCCUCUCGGUCGCCUGCGAUCUGUCGGACGUCAAGGCCACCGAGAGAACUGUUAACGUUACCGCCACCGACGGCACGCACUUCGCGGACGUCAAUCCCGUGCACAUACAUCUCGUGAACGCCAAGCGGAAUCUGGGCUCGCAGGCGAGAAUCCUGACGGACGAGACCGGUGCUUUCGAGUGUCACGACACCGGCGUGGCGCGCAGACUGACCGACGCGAUCGCCUCGGCGGAGAAGAACAACAUGCCGUCACGGGACGACGAGUACACUCUGAUACCGAGCCGUUACGGCGAGAACGUGCACGCGCCCGAGUUCAUCGAUUUUCCGAACGAGAUACGAGUCAACGAGUCGCUCAAGCUCGGCACGAUCCUCGUGCGAAUACGCGCCCGCGAUCGCGACCUAGAUUACAACGGCAAGCUCGUCUUCGUCAUAUCCAGCGGUGAUCGCGACUCCGUCUUUGGCAUCGAUCCGGACACCGGUGACCUGAAUACGAUCGGUUAUCUGGACCGCGAGCGCGAGAGUGAGUAUUAUCUGAACAUAAGUGUGUUUGAUCUGGGUAAACCGCAAAAGUCCGCCUCGAAGAUGCUACCGAUCAUCGUUUUGGACGUCAACGACAACGCGCCCAAGUUCGAAAAGUCAUUGGCAAGUUUCAGGAUCUCGGAGACAGCGUUGAACGGCACCAACGUAUGGCGCGCCAAUGCCACCGAUGCUGAUCUCGGUGACAACGCGCGCGUCACUUACUCUCUCGUGACGGAGACCAAUGACUUUCGCGUGGAUCCCGUGACAGGUGUACUGAGCAUCUUCGGCAAGCUCGACAGGGAGCGACAAGAAAUAUACGAGCUGAGAAUCCGCGCGCGUGAUAAUGGUGGCAAGGAUAAUGACACUCCGCCCCUGUACUCGGACGCGCUCGUCAGAGUGACGGUCGACGACGUCAACGACAACGCGCCCACCUUCGCGCUGUCGAAUUACAACGUCAAGAUCCGCGAAGACGUGCCGCUGUGGACCGUCGUUGCCGUUGUGGACGCCACGGAUCCCGACGAAGGCGCGGGCGGCGACGUGGAAUACUUCCUGUCGGACGCGAUGGAUAGCGAGGGUUUCUUCAAGAUCGACAAAGUAUCGGGCACGGUGAGAACGAUUCAGAGCUUGGACUUUGAGGAGCGACAAGUGCACACGCUGACGAUAGUCGCGCGCGAUCGCGGUGAGCCGUCCUUGACUUCCGAGACGAUGCUCGUGAUCGAAGUGAUUGACGUGAACGAGAACCUCCAUUCGCCAGUCUUUGACGACUUCGUCGUGUCCGCGAGUGUCUUCGAGAAUCAGCCCAUCGGCACCCUCGUUACUACGGUUCGAGCGAAGGACGCGGAUCCCCCGGGCGGAGAUUCCAGGAUCGGAUACAGUAUUCGCGGAGGCGACGGCAUCGGCAUUUUCUCCAUCGACAACGAAGGAAACAUUAGAACCAAGGCAGUGCUCGACGUCGAGACGAAGAGGGGAUACUGGUUGACCGUUUACUCCCAGGAUCACGGAGUGGUUCCGCUGAGCUCGAGUCUGCAGGUCUACGUCGAAGUACUAGACGAGAAUGACAAUACGCCGCUGACCGAGCUCCCAGUUUACUACCCAUCUGUGCCUGAGAACUCGCCCGCCAGCGUGAGCGUCCUGCAGAUCCGCGCCUUUGAUCGCGACGUCUCACCCCAGCAAUUCGUCUUCACCAUCAGCAGCGGCAAUCCAGAGGGUUAUUUUCUCAUCAACUCCACCACCGGUCUCAUCACCACCAGCGGCAGAAAGCUCGAUCGCGAGAAUCAAGCGGAGCACGUGUUGGAGGUGACAGUGAGAGACAACGGCAGGCCGCCCUUGUCAUCGACCACGAGGGUCGUCAUCGAGGUGGCGGAUAUCAACGACCACGGUCCCGAAUUCGAGCAGAAGUUUUACACGGUCCAGAUUCCGGCGUCGCCGGUGACCGACAAGCCGCUCUUCCAGAAAUCGAGGAACCGCUCGCGGGAGUUCGACCUUUCGAUCGAUACGUUACUAGAGAACGGGACUUGGGAGACAUUUAGCCCCGACACCUUGUCAGGAGAUCGUAUCUUCAGGGUUCUUGCAUAUGACCAGGACAUCGGUGACAACGGGAGAAUCCAGUAUAGCAUCAAAGGUGGCCGUGGAAAGGGCAAAUUUAAAAUUCAUCCCAUCACGGGGAUGGUAUACUCCCAACGUGGAUUCGAGGCUGGUCAAGAAUACGAAAUGAUGAUACGAGCGGCCGAUCAUGGCGAGCCCCAACGUAGUCAUCAGACUCGAGUUUCUGUUCAAGUUGUGGAAGCGCCGAAGGAAUCGGAGAACCCUCCAGUGUUCAAGACAAACAAUCAAAGCGUGGAAGUCACAGAGAGCGACGAGGCGGGCUUUUUAGUCGCUCUCGUGCAAGCUAGUGACAAAGAUGGUGAUCCUCUGUGGUACGAUAUUUUAGAUGGUGACAAGCGCGACGAGUUCUUCAUCGGUCGCGACAACGGCAACGUGCUGCUAGCUAAGAAACUGGACUGGGAGACCCAGAACUUUUACAACCUCACGAUCGGCGUAACCGACGGCGUGCACACGACGCUGACGCAGCUGCUCGUUACGGUGAUCGACAUCAACGAUCAUCGGCCGGAGUUUACCGAAAGCACAUAUCGCGUCGACAUCUCGGAGAACGUCGAGAAAGGCGAGCGAAUCCUGCAGCUGCACGCGACCGACGAGGACGAGGAUAAGAAGGUCUUCUACAGCCUGCACGCGGCGCAGACUCAGGCCUCGCUCGAGAUCUUCCACGUGGACUCGGUUUUGGGCUUGAUCACAUUGAAUGAGCCGCUCGAUCGAGAAACCAUCGAGGAGCACGUGUUAACGGUGAUGGUCAAGGAUCAGGGAACACCGGCGAAACGCAACUAUGCCCGAGUAAUCGUUACCGUUCACGAUCACAACGAUCACGCGCCCGAAUUCAUCAGCGAGAUCAUCCAAGGCAAGGUGUACGAGAGCUCACCGGUCGGCACGGCGGUGGUGCAGGUGUGCGCGAUCGAUCGGGACCGCGGCGAGAAUGCUAGGAUCACCUACUCGAUCACGUCCGGCAACGUUGGUAACGUGUUCAUUGUCGAUCCGGAUCUCGGUUACAUCCGCGUCGCGCGCGAGCUUGACCUUAGCGUCUCUUCCGAGUACAUCCUCCUCGUAAAGGCAACCGAUCACGGCUCGCCCGCGCUGGCGAAUACCGUGCCGGUACACGUGAUGGUGACGAUGGCCGACAACGCGCCACCGCGAUUCAUCCAGAAGGAGCUGUCCGCGGAGAUAUACGAGAACCAACAGCUGGGCACGUACGUGAAACACGUGGAGGCGCGAAGCACGUCGUCGCUGCAGUUCGAGAUUGUGCGAGGUAAUCGCGACGACGCAUUCUUCGUGAAUCCGAGCACCGGCGUGAUCGUCAUCAAGAAUCAGCUAGACUACGAGAAGACCAAGUUCUACAACCUGACAGUGUCGGCCACGAACAUGGCCGGCGUCUCGGCCACCUGCAACGUCAUUGUUCAUGUGCUCGACCGAAAUGACAACGCACCGCGUUUCCUGCAGGCCCAGUACAGCGGCGAGAUCAGCGAGGGUGCUAGCAUCGGCUCCCUCGUGUUGACCAACACGAGCGCACCGCUGGUCAUCAAGGCCGAGGACGCGGAUUCCGAGUUAAACGCGCUGCUCAACUACGACAUCGUUGAGGAUCUGCCGCGCAAGUACUUCCACAUAGACUCCAGCACCGGCGCCAUACGUACAGUCAUGUUGUUAGAUCACGAGACCAUACCGAUGUUCUCCUUUCACGUGAAGGUUUCGGAUCUCGGCAAGCCAAAACUCUCGUCUGAGACCACCGCCAAGGUGAUGAUAGCCGUGACGGACGUCAACGAUUGUCCGCCCAAGUUCUCGAAGACUGAUUAUAAUGUAACGCUUCUACUGCCUACGUACAAGAACGUUGCCGUCACUCGGGUGAAUGCCGUAGAUCCCGACAGCUCCGAGGGCGCCGCGUUGAGAUACGACAUUAUCGACGGGAAUAAGGCUCACACUUUCGACAUCGAUGCCCAGAGCGGUAUUAUUACAGUCAAUAAUCCAGAACGUAUGAAGAAGAACUAUCUUCUCCACGUGCGAGUGUCGGAUGGCAAGUACUCUAGCGUGGCGCAGGUGAACGUGAUGGUAGAAAAAUCGGAGAAUUCCGGUUUGGUCUUCCAGAAGAAUAUCUACGAAGGUGCUAUCCUGGAGAACUCUACGAAAAUUACAACCGUAGUGGUGGUGAACGUUCUUGGUAGCUCACUGAACGAGCACAUUGUCUUCAGCAUUCUUAAUCCCACCGACAUGUUCGUGAUCGGACCAACUUCCGGUGCGAUCAGAACUAACGGCAUACGCUUCGAUCGAGAGGUGUGCGAUCACUAUGAGUUAAUCGUUGAGGCGAAGAGUCACCCGCCGGAUCGGGAAAAACCCAGGGUGGCUCAUGUCAUAGUCAACGUCACUGUACUCGAUAUUAACGAUAACUGUCCGAUGUUCGUCAAUUUGCCUUACUACGCUGUCGUCUCUGUUGACGCUCAAAAGGGCGACGUCAUUACGAAGGUUCACGCGAUAGAUAUGGACAGUGGCGAUAACGGCGAGGUGAGAUACGAGUUGAAAAAGGGUCACGGGGAGCUCUUCAAGGUAUGCCGUAAAACCGGUGAAAUAUCGUUAAAACAGAAUCUCGAAGGUCACAAUCGCGAGUAUCAGCUCACGAUUGCUGCGUACGAUGGCGGAAUAACGCCGUGCUCCAUUGAGGUGCCAGUCAACGUGAAGGUGAUAGAUCGCUCGAUGCCGGUAUUUGACAAGCAAUUCUACACGGAUAGCGUGCUCGAGAGUAUAGAAGUACAUUCACCUCUGGCGUUAUCCAUUCAAGCUGAGUCACCGUUGAAUCGCAAACUCAUAUAUAGCAUUACUAAGGGCAAUGAUUUUGAGGAGUUCGCCCUGGACUUCAACACGGCCCCUGACAGUAACAAUGGUCCUUGUGUAAUCUAUGUGGUGGAUGAGCUGGAUUAUGAGCAGAAGAAGCAGUACGAGCUGACCGUACGCGCUACUGACAGCGUGUCUGGCGUUUACGCGGAAGUACUCGUCAGCAUCCUCGUCCUGGACGUGAACGACUGCCCGCCUGAGUUCACACAGGACUCCUAUAAUAUCUCGGUGUCAGAGGCGGCGGUAUUCGGGACCCCCGUUUUACGAGUGAGCUCUAGAGACAAUGACACGGGUAUCAAUCAACAAGUUCGUUACGCUAUUCAAAACGACACUGAGGACAGCACUGAUCUCUUCCACAUCGAUCCCGACGAGGGUGUGAUAUUUCUCAAGCGAUCCUUGGAUCAUGAGAGUCGUGAAUCCCAUCAUUUCACCGUGAUCGCUAUGGACCGCGGCGUGCCGAGUCUUUCGAGCACAGCGCAUGUCUGGGUGAGCGUGAUCGACAUGAACGACAAUCCGCCCAAGUUCGAGCAGCCCUCAUACACCUGUGUCCUGUCGGAGCAUGCUGAGCGCGGCCAAUUCGUGACGGUGGUGUCAGCCAGUGAUUCCGACUACGUUGACGAGAAGCUAACGUACACGAUUGUAGGUGGAAACGAGCAGCAGACGUAUAACAUUGACCAGUCGACCGGCAUCAUCUCGCUGAUAAACAUGCAGAACUUUGGCGAACAGAAGCUCAGCAUGCUCAACGUGUCUGUGACCGACGGUGUCUACACAAGUUUUACCCGUGUCAAGAUCGAGAUCCUGCCCGCGAACAGGCACAAUCCGAAAUUUCCGAAUCCGAUAGUUGAGGUAACCGUUUUGGAGAACCAGCUGCCUGGCAGGCUGGUCACCAGUGUGCUGGCCGCGGACGAAGACUUCGGCGAGUACGGCACGGUGACAUACGCGAUAAUGUCGGACAUGAUGAAGGAGGUGUUCGACAUAAACAAGCUCACCGGCGAGAUAGUGACGCGUAAGAAACUCGAUCGGGAAGAACAGAAGCGUUAUGAGAUACCCGUCAUGGCGACCGACGGCGGCGGUAGAUCCGGGUUUGUGAUGGUGCGUGUUAAGGUGGGCGACGAGAACGACAACGCACCUGUGUUCCUCCUCAGAGAGUACAAGGCGACCAUCCAGGGCAAUUUGUCCCUGAACACACCUUUCCUGAAAAUUAGGGCACAAGACGCGGACGAGGAUGAGGCAGCCAAGAUUGUUUACUCUAUCUACGAGCCGCAAACGUCAUCAGCUAGAUCUCUAUUUGGCAUAAAUCCUGAUACAGGAUCGCUCUUUCUGCAGAAGAGUGCUGUGUCGUGGGAAAAUCAAUUGUUUGAGCUCUUUAUUCGCGCAGAGGACAAAGGCACGACCACGCACCAUGCCGAUGUGCCGCUAAGUAUCUACAUAAUGGGCUCACACGAUAUCCCGCCUCUGUUCGAGCGGAAAGAAGAUAAAUUCUUUGUGAGAGAGGACUCUUCUGUCGGUACACCGAUCACAAAACUCAAGACUGUCACGAAUAGCACCGUGACAUAUCGCAUAGUGUCCGGUGACGAAGAAAACCCGCUCUUUACGAUUGACUCUCACGGCCAGAUCACUCUGGCGAGGCCACUGGAUCGAGAACUAAAGGACAGUCAUUUGAUCGGGGUCCUCGCUGAAACGGAUUCCAGCCCUCCUCUCACGGCUCUUGCCGAGAUCUCUCUUCAAGUGCUGGACGAAAACGAUCACGCGCCGAAAUUCGAGAGCAAUCCGUACGCGAUUAGUUUAGCCGAAAACAUUGAAGAAGGAACGUCGAUAUUGAAAGUUAUCGCGCACGAUAAGGAUCUCGGUAGCAACGGCGAAGUGCGUUACUCCUUCGGAUCCGACAUAGGGGAAUUAGCGAACGUUUUUACGGUGGACGCCUAUACUGGUUGGAUAUCAACGUUGGUGCAGCUCGACAAAGAAAAGCAACCGGAAUACAAGUUUCAGGUGGUUGCCACUGACAAUGGAAAUCCGAAGCACUUCGCGAGAACGUCCGUGCACGUCAAAUUAAAGGAUUAUAACGAUAAUUCACCCGCAUUCGUCGAUGAUCGCUAUGAGGCCACGGUGAAUGAGGACGCUUUACCGGGGACGGUCGUAGUAAAAUUGAUUACCAUCGAUAAAGACACGGAUGUCAACACGCCGAUAGAAUUUUACAUAACGUCCGGUGAUCCCAGAUCGCAAUUUCAAAUCAGGUCUACCGGCGAGGUGUACGUGGCGAAGUCUUUGGAUAGAGAGACGAUUGAUCGUUAUGAGCUUCAAAUUGUUGGUACUGAUGGGAAAUACGUUUUUGAGACAAAGGUGACGGUACAGAUCCUGGAUGUUAACGAUAAUCCUCCAUACUGUCUCAGAUACCGUUACAGAGAAAUACUUUCCGAGGGCUCGCAUCCCGGUGCCUAUGUCUUGACCGUUUUGGCCACCGAUUACGAUGACGAGCCGAACGCCAAGUUACGGUUUUACUUAACCGGCGAUAAUAAUGAUAAAUUCUCAUUGGACAAAGAAACGGGCGUGCUGAAAACCGUCGGCCAACUCGAUCGAGAAACUCAGGCCAAGUAUUCUCUGACGGCACACGUACAGGAUCGGGACAAACCAACUUGGGAGUGUUCGUCGCAGUUGGAGAUUCUCGUCUCCGAUCUCAACGACAAUGCGCCGAAGUUUACCAUGUCAACUUACAGCAGUACUUUGCCCGAGGACGUAGAGAUCGGUACGUUGGUGACGAAGGUGCAUGCUACGGACGAUGAUAUCGGAAUCAAUCGGAAGAUCCGGUACGAGUUCAUCGAUUCGGCAGACGGUCAUUUUCUUAUCGCAGCAGACAGUGGAAUAGUCACACUAGCCAAACCGCUAGACAGAGAAACGAAGGCGAUGUAUAACGUUACUGUUCAAGCGCUUGAUCAGGGCACCCCUCAACUAAUGGGAGUUGCUUCUCUGAUCGUUAAUGUGCAAGACAUCAAUGACAAUCCGCCGGAAUUCACUUCUAAGCUUUACUUCGCGAAGGUGCCUGAAAUUUACGCAGUCGGUACUGAGGUGGCACGAGUGUUCGCCACUUCCAAAGAUACGGGGGUCAACGCCGAUAUAUAUUACUCGAUCGUUGGUGGUAAUGAGCACAAGAAGUUCCAGAUAGAUGCCAAAACGGGUGUCUUGACCAUCGCCGAGCAACUGGAUUACGAACGAGCUCGCGAUUACUUUCUCACUAUUCAAGCUGUCGACGGAGGCAUUCCGCCGCUGAACAAUCAUGCCACUGUCAAUAUCACGGUCACCGAUAGUAAUGACAACGCACCGAUCUUCAGCGAGGUUUCGUAUAGAGCUUUCGUAAGGGAAGAUGCAAAAAUCGGUGAAAAAGUUACACAAGUAUAUGCGAACGAUUUGGAUAGCGAGGAAAAUGGCAAUGUGUCGUAUUAUAUAGAACGUGGCGACAGACAGAAGCAGUUCUCUAUCGAUAGAAAAACCGGUCAAAUAAUUGUAGCCGCGCCAUUGGAUCGAGAAGAAGUUGCGAGCUAUGUGUUGGAAGUUCACGCGCGCGACAACGGCAUACCGAUGCUCUCGAGCUUCGUGAUGGUGAAUAUUGAGGUUUUGGAUGCAAACGACAAUCCACCACUGUUUGCCCUGCCGAAUUACACGGCUGUCGUGCAGGAGGAUAAACCGAUCGGCCAUACGGUUUUGCAAUUUAUGGUCACCGACGCGGAUGUCGAGCCAAAUGCUGAACCAUACACCUUUGACUUCCGUUCCGGGAACGAGGGCGACGCGUUUCGACUGGAGCAAGAUGGCACUUUGCGAACGGCAACGAAAUUUAACAACAGAGUGAAGGACAAGUACGUACUACACGUCCGAGUGUUCGAUAACGGCAGCCCACCGUUGUACUCGGACGCAUGGGUCGUGAUCAAAGUUAUCGAAGAGUCGCAGUAUCCGCCAGUGAUUACACCCCUCGAGGUGAUUAUCAACUCUUACAUGGAUGAGUAUCCUGGCGGCAUUAUCGGGAAAGUCCAUGCAACCGAUCAGGAUCAAUACGACACGCUUCUCUUCAGUUUGAUGCCAUCCUCGCCGAUCCCGAACACUGAUCUCUUCCAGAUAGACAAGAUUGAUGGCACAUUGGUGGCCCUGCCCAGGCUCGACGUGGGCGAGUACAGGGUGAACGUUAGCGUAACAGAUGGCAAGUUUCACUCGUACUCCAUUGUAAAAGUUAAUGUUGAUUUAGUAACCGAUAAGAUGCUUGAGAGUUCGGUGAUCGUGAGAUUUCGCGAGGUUAGUCCAGAAGAUUUUAUGUUGAGCCAUCGUAAAGGUUUCGUCAGAACUGUUCGCAACGCGAUGAAUUGUCGGCUUAAGGACAUCAUUAUUAUAAGUGUGCAACCAUCGACCGAUGAAGCGAAUUUGAUCAAAUCGCGGGCAAUUCGCCAGGCAGUUCACAAUGAUCUCGAUCUUUUGUUUGUCGUGAAAAAGGCGGCGAGUCCCGCGGGUUCCACAGGUUUCUACGCUUCGGAAAGCAUACGCGAAGCGUUGAAUCAGCAUGUGGAGGAGUUGGAAGAGUCAACGAAGUUGGUCGUUGAAGAAAUCGUUCGGUUCAAGUGCAACAAAGGCUACUGCUUCUACGGCGACUGUCAGGACAAGAUCACUCUCGAUCCCGCGCAAAUCACACCUGUGUCCACCGACGUGAUGAGCUUUGUAUCGCCACGGCAUAAGCAUAAGAUGGAGUGCAAUUGCAAGGAGGGAUACGCCGGCAAUCACUGCGAAGUGGUGGUCAACGAAUGCGCUAGAGAUCCGUGUCCUCUGUUCAAGGUCUGCGUGCCGGACUCUUCCAUUCAAGGAUACUCGUGUCAAUGUCCCGAGGGAUACGCCGGUCAGACCUGCGACAUAGACAUCUCCAAAUGCCACGACGAGUCGUGUUACAUUCCGCGAAAUCCCAUAUCUUUCAGCGGCAAAAGUUAUGCGCGCUACAAGAUCGACAAAGCGCUAAUACGGCAAACGAUCGAGGAUCGUCUUAGCUUAUCUUUAAGGAUCAGGACGAUGCAGCCGACCGGCAACCUCAUGUACGCGGCUGGCAAGGUUGACUACAACAUCUUAGAGAUCGUUAAUGGUGUGAUGCAAUACAAAUUUGAUCUAGGCAGUGGCGAAGGUUUAGUCAGGGUGAGCAGCGUGUACGUGAGCGACGGACAGUGGCACGAGAUCCAGUUAGAACGGGAAAGCAACAGCGCCCGUCUUACCGUAGAUGGGAAACACAUCGCUCACGGUUCCGCGCCCGGUAUCAAUGAUAUCUUAAAUCUACAGUCGGACGAUCUUUACCUGGGCGCUGAGGUGAGACAGCAUCCAUCGAUCAUUGGCUUCGAAGAUGUGCAGCGCGGCUUUGUCGGCUGCAUGGACGACGUCAGGAUCGCUCGGGUGUCUGUCCCAUUGCACAUGAGUGGCGCCAGUAGCGUGGCAAUCCUUAAACGAUUUGCCAACGUCGAGUUCAGUUGUGACACGGCGACUAUCUUGGUGCCGCCGGGGGUCUGUGGCUCGCAGCCGUGUCAAAACGGCGGCACCUGCAAGGACAUGGGCAACGAUAACUACGAGUGCCAGUGUCACAGCCGGUUCGCCGGUAUUGCCUGUGAGAUCGAUACGGAUCCGUGUGCUUCAUCACCCUGUCUCUACGGCGGUCGUUGCAAGAUCGUGCCAGAGGGCGGCGAUUAUGUUUGCGAAUGUGUCGGACCGAGUCUCAGCGGCAAACGCUGCGAGUUCGGUAGAUACUGUAGCCCGAAUCCGUGCAACCACGGGGGCGUGUGCGAGGAGGGAAACAACGGCCCGAUUUGCAAGUGUCAAGGCUUCAUGGGUGACCGCUGCGAGACCGAUUUGAACGAGUGCGACACGAGUCCGUGCACAAACGGCGGCACCUGCGUGAAUGAGAUCGGCACGUACAGAUGUAUUUGUCCACCGAACAUGACUGGCUUAAACUGCGGCAAUCCAGCUUUCUCUACGCCCAUCAUAUCCAGUCACUUUAACAUCCCGUGGGAACAUGUCAUGUGGAUUGGCAUUGCGGUACUGCUCAAUGUCCUGCUCAUCGUCAUAUUCGUCGCGUUCUGGCGGAUCCGAACGAAACGGACUAGAACGCGCGCCAACAACAUCAACAACGAGACACGGAAACAAAUCGUCCUGAAUUCCGCGAGGCCGCACGAACACGAAUUCAAGCGCAGUUCAAAACUGAGCAAUCUGGAAGUCAUACAGAGAGAACCUCCCCAAUGCCCUCCCAGACCCGCCUCCUACACCCCAAGCUCGAACAACGAGCCCGCCGCAUACGGUAACUCAGCGGCGGUGGCUCUGAAUAACUUGGACACCCUGCGCAGCUACGGCAGCGCGGGCGACGAGCUCGAGAACUUCCCGCCGGAUUACCUGCGAAACUUAAAUCGCAGCACUCCUGUACCACCCCCAUCCCUGACCCUCGCUAAUCCGGUCAGCGGAAAUGCAACUGGCAGCGACACGGACAGCCUACAUAAGCCUACCUGGCAAGAGCAGAUGCAGCUGGCCUCCUUUAUCACCGACACUACCAAGAUUAAGAAUGACCUGAAACGAUCGAGCCCAGUGGUACCAGAGCUGACCACUGGAGGACUUCUAUUAAACUCUUCUCGACGGACGCCUCACGCGGUUGGGUCUUCCAUUGCAUCCGUUACAUCCAUUGAGGAUGAUCCUCGCAUCGUCGGCGGAUAUCACUGGGAUUGCUCAGACUGGGUGAGACCGAGUCAGAAUCCCUUGCCUAACAUCACAGAAGUACCCGGCAGCGAGGUUCCAGAUUCGUCCAGCUUCCAUAGCAAUGAGAGUAAUGAGUCUAAUACUCAUCAAUUACCAAUGAUGCACGGUCCGAUAGAUCCAACGAGGGACAUCGAGACCCUAAACGAAGAUCAGGAAUCGGAGUAUGUCGGCGAUUCCGAGUGCGGGACUGAGUUUUCGGAGCAGUAUCACUGCGCGGAAACGCAGCGUCUGAACCCCCUCGACAGUGGCGGUGAAGGGGAGUACAAGUACAAGAGCUCCGAGAGCUAUCUACGCCACCCGAACUCAUACCUGCCUCAUUACAAUAUUCACACCGAUACCGAGAAUGAGACGAACCCGCUUAACGGCCGUCUCAGCACCCUCGAGUCCGACGAGGAGGAAGAAGACGACGUAGUGCCUUAUGGUUUUCCGAGCACCCGCCGUAACCGAUGCCACAAGGUGAUGGAAGAGGACGAGAUCGGUUCCGUCAUCACCACGCUCGAGGAAAGGAACUCAUUAUUAGGCGGCGCGACUAGCAACAGCGAUCUCUCUACGAAUCUCUGCGAGAUUGAUGAUUCCGAAUACGAGAUUGCAGAUCAGAAGAGAAACGGGCGUUUGUGGCUUUCGGGAAACGGCAUCACGCAAACCUCAGUGUGACGAAUGGUGGUGCCCAAGUACGCGAAUAGACCGAAGCGCGCAAGAGAAGCAUGUCUCUCCGUUAUGCUUUUACGCUCGAGACGCGCGGAUGUCUGUGAAUAUGCAAUUUUGUACAUAGAGUGUUAUAUCGCCGUAGGGAAAUAAGACAGUCUGUACAGAGGCAGCUAUGAAAUAAAAGAAAUCCAUGUUGUUCGAAACCACCGAGUGCGUGUUCUGGACGCACGCAUAUGCGAUGCAUGACCGUCGUGGAAAUACAUCGCAUCUCAAAUCUUCUCUUAUACAGGUAGAGUUCGAAUAUCAGCGUACUUAAGUUUGCAAACUAAUCUCGCGAAUAAUGUAUAUCUUAAAACCGCAAGCAGUGCGUACAUUGCGUCACAUCAGAAUCGAUGAAAACAUUUUGUUCCAUUCUAUUUAUUUUACUAUUACUGGAUGCAUUAUAUGUUUUAUCGUAAGUAAUAUGUACAUUGAGUGCAAAAAGUAUUCCUAUAAGAGAAA